CGCCACCCCCAACAAAGAUAGAGAAACACUUCAACAUUCUCUCACUAAAAACUCUAGAGAGAGAGAGAGGGAGGGGUUUUGCGCCACCACAAGCGCUUCCGCAAUGCCAAUCUCCACCACCCUCACUGUAAACCCAUCGCCACCGCGCGCUCUCUCUAUCCACCACCACCACCACCACCCGAACGCCUUUCUGUUACCGCCGUCUCUCUCCCACACCCCCUAUAAAACCACCCUUUCGUCACUCUCCUUAACUCACAACCCUCACCGCCCCUUAUUCAUCGCCUUCUCCAUCAAUGCUGCUUCCACUAACAGCGAAAUUGACACCAAAUUGUCCGGCGACGGCGGAGACGGAGUUGGCGGCGGCAAAAUCGGCGGCAGUGGUGGCGGAGGUGGAGGCGGUGACGGCGGAAAUGAGGGGAACGACGAUAAGAACAAGAGGAGGAACAAAGAAGAAGCUUUAAUAGCGUUGGCGGAGGCCGGGAGGAGUCUGGAGAGUCUGCCGAACGAUAUGAAAGCUGCCAUUGUAGACGGCAGAAUACCUGGAUCGAUCGUUUCGAGAUAUCUCGAGCUCGAAAAAUCGGGGUUUAUUUCAUGGCUUAUGAAGUUCGGAGGGUUUAAGGAGAGGUUGUUGGCUGAUGAUCUUUUCUUGGCUAAACUUGCCAUGGAAUGCGGCGUUGGAAUUUUCACUAAGACUGCUGCAGAAUAUGAGCGUCGAAGGGAGAACUUUUUCAAUGAGCUGGAAAUUGUUUUUGCUGAUGUGGUGAUGGCGGUAAUAGCAGAUUUUAUGCUCGUCUACCUUCCGGCGCCUACAGUUUCUCUCCGGGCCCCACUUGGGCUCGAUGCUGGACGUCUUGCUAAGUUCUUUUACAAUUGUCCGGAUAACGCAUUUCAGGUUGCUUUGUCUGGAACCUCGUUUUCGAUGUUGCAGAGGAUAGGUGCAAUAGUGCGUAAUGGAGCGAAGUUGUUUGCUGUCGGCACCACUUCAUCACUGGUUGGUACUUUAGUAACAAAUGCGGUGAUAAAUGCUCGUAAAGCUGUUGACAUUUCUGCUUCGGGUGAGGUUGAGAAUGUACCCGUACUAUCAACUAGUGUUGCCUAUGGUGUCUACAUGGCAAUAUCCAGCAAUCUUCGAUAUCAGGUGUUGGCUGGUGUAAUCGAACAACGGAUAUUAGAGCCUAUGCUACACGAGCACAAGUUAUUUUUGAGUGCUAUAUGCUUUGCAGUGAGAACAGGCAACACGUAUUUGGGUUCAUUAUUGUGGGUUGACUAUGCUCGUUUUAUCGGAAUCCAAAAGGGUCAAGAUGUAGAAUAAAUAAUACGUAUUUAAUCAUCGCUCGUAAGUGAAUAUGAGCAAAUCAUUAGCUGACAUGUCGUGAGAGUAGUUUACUGGAGAUUGUAUGCAAGUGAUUAGGUUUCCUGGUUAUUUAUAAGGUAUAAUUGGCAUUUUUGGGAUUGAUAAUGUACAAACCAUUAUACAUUCAUCAAUAUGUUUAAAUCUUAUUUAGUGGGGUGGA